AAACAUUGUCGUGCGCUGGCAAUUACCUCUGAUCCAGUUCUACAGUAAAGAGCCCACAAGAUUUUUCACCCCAUAAAGCGAAAGCGGAGUCUGAUGCAAUGGGUAACUACCAGCGCAGUCCACUCUUCUCGCCAUAAAUGAUGCCUGGCCGAUGAUUGCCACAGCCAUUGUGGGUUAUCUCCUGUGGUGACUGCAGACUCAAGAGUUUUCUUCCCUACUGCAUCUUGAGACCCACUGAUCUCACCAUUCCUGCAAAUCCCCUGCCAGUGCAUAUUCACCCCUCUUGCCCUUCUUCCCUCUUUCUUCUACUUCUAAGUAUCCUCUAAACCCCUGUGAAGACCCACUGGUGGAGCCAGAAUGGAGGACACUUACAAUAACAGGACUUCCCUGGUUAAAGGGGCCAAGGACGUGGUCAAGGAGGCUAAGCGGCAUGCAGCAAAGAAAGUCAACAAGGUGGUGGACCGUGCCACAGAUGAGUAUUCAUCCCAGCGCAACUAUACCCGAUUCCAGGAUGAGGUGGAUGAAGAUGAGGAUUUCUACAGGAACCCCCCUAGGCAGGACGGAGAGGGCUACAACGACAACGAAGAGGGCUCCAGUGAUGCCACGGAAGGCCACGAUGAUGAGGACGAGAUCUACGAGGGAGAGUACCAGGGGAUCCCCUCUGCGGGAGAUAGGAAGCAUAAGGAGGGCCAGGUGGCACUGGGGCAACCGAUGUCAGACGCAACAAGGGACCGUAAGGAGCUGGAGCAGGAGAGACAGGCUGAUGAGGAGGAGCUGGCCCAACAAUAUGAGCUGAUCAUCCAAGAGUGUGGCCAUGGGAGGUUCCAGUGGCAGCUGUUCCUGGUGCUCGGGCUGGCACUCAUGUCAGAUGGGGUGGAGGUGUUCGUGGUGGGCUUUGUGCUUCCCAGCGCAGAGACAGACAUGUGUGUGCCCAACUCCAGCUCAGGGUGGCUAGGCAGUGUUGUUUACUUGGGGAUGAUGGUUGGAGCGUUCUUUUGGGGAGGGAUGUCUGACAAAGUGGGCCGCAGACAGUGCCUCCUCAUUUGCAUGUCUACAAACGGCUUCUUCGCCUUCCUGUCAUCUUUUGUCCAGGGAUACGGCCUGUUCCUUGUUUGCCGUCUCGUCGCGGGCUUCGGGAUAGGAGGCGCUGUGCCUAUCGUUUUCUCUUUCUUUGCAGAGGUUUUAUCCAGAGAGAAAAGAGGCGAACACCUCAGUUGGCUGUGUAUGUUCUGGAUGAUUGGUGAGAUCUAUGCAUCUGCCAUGGCAUGGGCCAUCAUACCGCACUAUGGAUGGAGUUUCAGUAUGGGUUCAGCGUACCAGUUUCACAGUUGGAGGGUGUUUGUGGUCGUCUGUGCCCUGCCCUGUGUGUGUGCUGUGGUGGCACUUACCUUCAUGCCCGAAAGUCCCAGAUUUUACCUUGAGGUGGGGAAGCACGAUGAAGCCUGGAUGAUCCUCAAACAGAUCCACGACACCAACAUGAGAGCGCGUGGGCAACCGGAGAAAGUCUUCACCGUAAACAGGAUCAAGAUCCCAAAGCAGAUGGAUGAACUGGUGGAAAUGGGCUCAGAGUCUGGAAAUCCAGUUUCCAAGGCUUUCUUUCGGAUAAAGGCUGAAAUACAUGGGAUCUAUAUGAAUCUCAUGAAGUGUUUCAACUACCCUAUGAGAGAAAACAUGAUGCGGCUAGCCAUAGUGUGGUUCACACUGUCAUUUGGGUAUUACGGCCUGUCAGUCUGGUUCCCUGAUGUUAUCAAACACCUUCAGGCAGAUGAGUAUGCCUCUAAAGUUAAGAUCCACACCAAUGAACGCAUCGAAGACUUCACCUUCAACUUUACCCUGGAGAAUCAGAUCCACAGAAAUGGCCUCUUCAUCAAUGAUAGAUUCAUCAGCAUGAAGCUGAAGUCCGUCACUUUUAUCGACUCAACCUUUCGUAACUGCUUCUUUGAUGAUGUCACAUCGGUGGGCUCCUUCUUCCGUAACUGCACUUUCAUUGAUGCAUUCUUCUUUAACACAGACAUCGAUGACUCCAAGCUGAUUGAUGGCACAGAGGUGAUCAACAGCACUUUCACCCACAACAAGACGGGAUGCCAGAUGACGUUUGAUGACGACUACAGUGCCUACUGGGUUUACUUUAUCAAUUUUCUGGGGACUCUGGCUGUUCUGCCCGGCAACAUUGUGUCCGCCCUGCUCAUGGACAAAAUCGGGCGUCUGUCCAUGUUAGGUGGAUCCAUGGUCUUGUCAGGCAUCAGCUGUUUCUUCUUGUGGUUUGGCACCAGUGAGUCCAUGAUGAUUUUCAUGUUGUGCCUUUACAACGGCCUGAGCAUCUCUGCCUGGAACUCCCUGGAUGUGGUCACAACUGAGUCCUUCCCUACUGUUAGGAGAGGGACAGGAUUUGGGUUCUGCAACGCUUUGUGUAAGCUGGCUGCAGUCUUGGGGAACAUGAUUUUUGGUUCCCUUGUUGGCAUCACGAAGGCCAUCCCCAUCCUAAUGGCCUCAUCUGUGCUGGUGGGGGGAGGUCUGGUGGGUCUCCGGUUGCCUGACACCAGGGCGAAUGUCCUCAUGUAACACCAGCAUGACGCUCAUCAGCUGGGGUGAAAUGGAAAUAAAAUCCUCUUGAAUCCAAGAGGAAGUCCAGGGAGCAGUGAACAAGGAAUGCAAAUGGCUUGGUUCAUACACAUCUUAACACUGUUAAACACGUUUAACUUAACUGUAGUUGACUAAACUGUAGUUUAGGUAUAACGUUGGAUUGAAACCCAUUUUUUCACCAUGUGUUUGACUUCUAUCAUACCAAACAUUAGAUUCCUUGCAAGUUAAUAAUAAGCUCAGUCAUUUUGUGAAUUUAUUGUCUGAAGAUUUCACAUGACAGAGCUGAGAAGUUGCACAGGUUCUGCUGCUGAGACUUUGGUUUAAUUUUAUUCAGUGGAUGGCUGUACCUUCCAGCCGCAGCCAUAAUCUUGUGUGGAGUCAUCGCAUGGUUAAAGCUCAAGGCUUUUAAUAUUGAUACAGUCUUAUUAAGACAAGCCAGAUGGGGAGAAAAGAGAAAAACAAGCUGUAAUGAGCACAGCCAGCCUGCUGUGUGAUAACGGAGGGAAUAGAUGAUCAGACAGAGCGGACACACGACACAGAUGUAUGACAGCUGGUUUGCCCACAGGACCCACAUACACAGGACAUGUUGCAGACAGUCAGCAUACACAAAUCCAUAAACACUCACAUGUAGAUAUACUUUUUGUCCAAAUCCAUGUCUUAAAAUACACUCAUACUCGCAUAUAAUUAUACUCUCCGUCCCAUUCUGCACUUGGACCGUACACACAAUACUGUUUUUGCUCAACAUGACAUUUUCUCAGAUACCUGAAACCUUUUCAAAGUAGAUAAUUCACAUAAGAUACCAAGCCCUUUGCAUUACCUACCCAACCAAGAAUAAAAAAGGCCAUAUUGAAAAACUGUAUUUUCUUGUACCAAUAAUUGUAUGGUAUGUUGAAUCUGAGGACUUUCAUUUUAUUUAUUGCUGUGUAGUUGUGAAGUUGGAAUGAUGAAUUAUUCAUUUUAUCCAAAUGUUGUUAUUCUAGGCCCCCUUCCUUGUGUUGUGUUGUGUUAUCGUACCAAAGCUCUCUGAUGAGCACUCCUUAUGAUUUAUGUUGGAUUUUGCUUGUGGCAGUGACGUUGAUAAUGACAUGUCAUGCUGCUUCCUUCCUUUUAAAAAUACUGAAUGGCCUUUUUAAAUGUGCCUCUCCUUAACUGGAGCAGUCUGCCCAUAGUCAUGUGGUGUCCUAAGGAAAAGACAGAAACUUAAUAGGAAGUAUAUAAAUAGAAUGAUCAUUAAGUUUUUGUGUAUAUAUGUGAAAUAUGUGGCCAAUGCAGUAUUUUAUUAGGGUGUCAAUUCAUUUCCUAAACCUCAUCUCUUAGGUUAGACAUUCCUGUUUGGAUAAAAAUCUUUAUUUUUGUGAAA